AAAUUUUAGGGGGAAAAAAAUAGUGGCUUUGAUGUCCUCUACCAUAAUAUGAAACAUGGACAGAUAUCAACAAAAGAACUAGCAGAUUUUGUAAGAGAGAGAGCUACCAUAGAGGAGGCAUAUUCCAGGUCAAUGACAAAACUAGCAAAAUCUGCAAGCAAUUAUUCACAGCUUGGAACAUUUGCUCCAGUAUGGGAUGUGUUCAAAACAUCUACAGAGAAAUUAGCAAAUUGUCACUUGGAUCUUGUUAGAAAACUACAAGAAUUAAUAAAGGAAGUUCAGAAGUAUGGAGAAGAACAAGUAAAAUCUCAUAAGAAGACUAAAGAAGAAGUUGCAGGAACUCUGGAAGCUGUCCAAACCAUUCAGAGCAUAACUCAGGCUCUCCAGAAAUCCAAGGAAAAUUACAACGCCAAGUGUGUGGAACAGGAGCGUUUGAAAAAGGAAGGAGCUACACAAAGAGAAAUAGAAAAGGCAGCUGUUAAAUCUAAGAAAGCAACAGAUACCUAUAAACUCUAUGUGGAAAAAUAUGCAUUAGCAAAAGCUGAUUUUGAACAGAAAAUGACAGAAACAACUCAGAAAUUCCAGGAUAUUGAAGAAACUCACCUCAUUCACAUAAAGGAAAUUAUAGGAUCCUUGUCAAAUGCUAUAAAGGAAAUUCAUUUGCAGAUAGGUCAGGUCCAUGAAGAAUUUAUAAAUAAUAUGACUAACACUACAGUUCAAAGUUUGAUACAAAAAUUUGCCGAGUCAAAAGGCACUGGGAAGGAAAGACCUGGCCUUAUUGAAUUUGAAGAAUGUGACCCUGCUAGUGCAGUUGAAGGCAUAAAACCAAGGAAAAGAAAGACUUUUGCUUUGCCAGGAAUAAUUAAAAAGGAAAAGGAUGCAGAAUCUGUGGAAUGUCCAGAUGCGGACUCACUUAACAUUCCUGAUGUAGAUGAAGAAGGUUAUAGUAUUAAACCAGAAGCAAAUCAGAAUGAUACCAAAGAGAAUCAUUUCUACUCAUCUAGUGAUUCUGACUCCGAAGAUGAAGAACCAAAGAAGUAUCGGAUAGAAAUUAAGCCUAUGCAUCCACAUAACUCACAUCGUACAAUGGCUUCUUUGGAUGAAUUAAAAGUAUCUAUAGGGAAUAUAACACUCUCCCCAGCAGUAUCUAGACAUAGUCCAGUUCAGAUGAACCGGAAUUCAUCUAAUGAGGAGUUAACAAAAUCAAAGCCAUCUGUUCCACCCAAUGAGAAAGGGACCAGUGAUUUACUUGCCUGGGACCCCCUCUUCGGACCAUCUCCUGAUUCAUCUUCUUCAUCUUCAUUAACGUCAUCCUCGUCAGCUAGGCCCACAACUCCUCUUUCUGUAGGCACCAUUGUCCCACCUCCGAGGCCUGCUUCCAGACCAAAGCUUACUUCAGGCAAACUCAGUGGGAUUAAUGAAAUACCCAGGCCAUUCAGCCCACCUGUAACUUCCAACACCAGCCCACCUCCUGCUGCUCCUUUAGCCCGGGCAGAAAGUUCUUCCUCUAUCUCAUCGUCUGCUUCAUUGAGUGCUGCCAAUACGCCAACAGUCGGUGUAUCACGGGGUCCCAGCCCUGUCAGCCUUGGAAAUCAGGACACCUUACCCGUGGCAGUUGCCCUUACAGAAUCUGUUAAUGCCUACUUUAAAGGAGCAGAUCCCACCAAGUGCAUUGUGAAGAUCACUGGUGACAUGACAAUAUCGUUUCCAAGUGGAAUUAUCAAAGUCUUUACCAGCAAUCCGGCUCCGGCCGUGCUGUGCUUCAGGGUGAAAAAUAUCAGCAGACUAGAGCAGAUUCUUCCAAAUGCACAGCUCGUGUUCAGUGAUCCAUCACAAUGUGAUUCUAACACAAAGGAUUUUUGGAUGAACAUGCAAGCUGUUACUGUCUACCUCAAGAAGCUAUCAGAGCAAAAUCCAGCCGCUUCUUAUUAUAAUGUAGAUGUAUUAAAGUAUCAGGUAUCAUCAAAUGGUAUUCAGUCCACUCCUCUGAAUCUUGCAACAUACUGGAAAUGUAGUGCCAGCACCACAGAUCUUAGAGUGGAUUACAAAUACAAUCCAGAAGCUAUGGCGGCACCCAGCGUGCUUUCUAACAUACAGGUGGUGGCACCAGUGGAUGGAGGAGUCAUAAACAUGCAGUCCCUUCCCUCUGCAGUAUGGAGUGCAGAACAAAUGAAAGCCUUCUGGAAACUGCCUGGUAUUUCAGAAAAAUCAGAAAAUGGAGGUUCUGGGUCUCUCAGAGCAAAAUUUGAUCUUUCAGAAGGACCCAGUAAACCCAUGACACUUGCAGUUCAAUUCCUCAGCGAGGGAAGCACCCUCUCAGGAGUGGAUAUUGAACUUGUAGGCACUGGCUACAGGCUUUCCUUGUUAAAGAAGCGGUUUGCCACCGGACGAUACCUGGCGGACUGUUGAUGGACCUAGCUCAAAGGAGAACUACACACCUGCCAUUCUGCAUUGUCUGUUUCUCAACACUAUUCUAAUUUGUGUGACGUCUUUCAAACUUAGACAUAUUUGAGAACUGACUACAGACAUUAAGUUGCGCUUUUAAAGUGAGUCAUUGAAAUAAAUGGCACUGACCUGAUGUUCCGUGCUGUAAAUGAUCAACUGCAAUAGUCAGGAAGUGCAUUUAUUCAGAUUUUCAGUAAAGGGGGGUUUCAGAGGCUGAAAAUUUUAAUUAUUUUCUGUGUCUAUACCGCAAAAUGGGAUAUAGUGUAACAUCAGACCUAAAAUUUCAGGAGAGCAAGCACAAAAUAUUUGAGCUUUCCACAAAUUUUUAGAGUUAGAGAUAGCUUUGAAAUUUCAUAAGUUGGAUAUUGAAUGGCUGCAAACAGAACUUGAAGUCUAGGUUUUGGACAAUGUUUACUCAGAACACUCAAUCAAAUUGAGUUAUGUGCCAUAAAGUAAUCAGACCAGAGUCUGAGUUAUAUGCAAAAAAUCUAUAAUUUGAUUCUCACAAACAUAUUAAUAAAGUGUAAAUGGUGUUUUAUAUAAUUAAAAAAACCUCUCAAGUGCAAUGUGUUUUAAAAUAAGCUUGCAAAAGACAGCAGAGAAAUUUACUUCUGCAGUUAGUUAACCUUAUAGAAGUUGUGAUUGUUUUAGUGAAUUAAUGCUGUAGAUUUAAUUUAUUUUUAUAUGAAUUGCAUAAUGUGUGCCUUUUAAGCAAUAACAAAAGCCAGAAAUGUGCCUGUCCAGUUUGUGUUCAUUAAUGUGCCUCAUUUUUUUCUCAUUCUGGAUCUUCUAUUCAGAAUCUUACAGUGGUCAAACAUUUUUACAAGAUAUUUGCAAUUUUUGCAAAUACUUUUGGCCUAUAAUUGGGAAGGGAAUUCAAAGUAACUAAAGGAUAGCUUAUACUUAGGAACCCUGACUCACUUCUUUGAUGAUACACUACAGUCACUUAGAAAGAGACAUAAACCUAGUGGCUUGUGUUUGUAGGGGAAAAAAAUUACCUUCAUCUGUUUGACAUUCAAAACUAUGUGAAUUUUAAAUCAGAUAAAUUUUGAAAAAUUCGGAUAAAUUGGUAACUGGUAUUUUAACUCUCAGUUUAGCAUAUCUCUUGACCAUUUGUUAUUGAAAAUUUACACAUUUAUUUAGUGUUAUGAACAUGAGUUUUGUAUUUUGUAAAGAAUACAUUUUUAAAACAAUUAAUUUUGGCAACAGGAGAAGCACUGUCAUUUGUUUUUAUUCAACAAUUGGAAAGAUUACCAAUUUGUACAUUUUAAUUCUUUUUUAAUUUUUGUAUCUUUUUUUUUGAGUUGGAGUCUCACUCUGUCGCCCAGACCGGAG